UAGAAACUGUGUGGCACUUGUUAAAAUAAAUAUUAUUUACAUUUUAUUCCUACAAUACUUUCUUGUUUCUGGGGAGAAAGUUUAGGUUGUUUUUUCCCACUGAAGGUUUUCUUUAGAGACGUAGUUCUCUUUACUAUUGAAAUUUUAUUUGUACCCCUGAUAUUCAACUUAAUACAUCAUGUCUUCGUUACGUUCAAGUCUAGAAGACUCAUUACAUUCAUACAUUUCAAAAGAAUCAAAUCAAUAUAAACCUUAUACACAAGAAGGUAUUGAUAUAUCUCGGACAAAAUCACAUACUUCGGAACUUUCCAAAAUUAUAUCUGGCAUUAGAGAUGAUCAGGAACAGGAUAUGGAUGGCUAUAGAGAUAUAGCACGGGUUGAACAAGUCUUGCUUAGGAGACUUACCAGGAAUGAAGAUUCUGCAAAGGGCUCAACGACAAAUCUCACGCCUGAGGAUGAUAUUCAAUCGAAUAAAGGCGGGGAAGAACACGAUAACAAGUCAUUGGCUGGUCCAUUAAGUACACAUUCUGCUGACAUUUCAGGCCAAGUAUCAAAUGUAGAAGAAGAAAUUGAGGGUCCUGCAAUGGAUUCUGGCUUUGCUUGGGUAGUAGCAGUAUGUGCCAUGUUUGCUGUAUUCAGUACUUGGGGUGCUAAUGCGGGAUUUGGAGUGUUUCUUGCUUAUUAUAUUAAUUCUGGGAAAUUUGAAGGAGCUUCAGAGUAUGAUUAUGCCCUCAUUGGUGGGUUGAUUGUAUUUCUUGCACAGUUUUUAGCACCAAUUUGUGUACUCUCAUACAAAAUAUUUGGCCCAAAAUAUGUCUCUUACUUUGGUAUUAUAGUGCAAACAGCUGGAUAUAUUCUAGCAUCAUAUUCAACUAAGGUUUGGCAACUUUAUCUUACACAAGGUGUUAUCAUAGGAUUUUCAUUUCUGUUUGUUUUUCUUCCUGCCACGUUGAUGCUCCCAACAUGGUUUGAUAAAAGAAGAGCCACCGCAAUGGGGAUCGCUGUAGCAGGUUCUGGAUUAGGAGGUCUUUUCUUUGCCCUUGUCGUAAAUAAAAUGAUCGAAGUUACUGGAGAUCAAAGAUGGGCCUUGAGAACUUCAGGUAUUGUAGCAUUGGUAGUUUCACUUGUUGCAUGUACAAUCAUGAAACCUAGAAAUUAUAAACCUCUUCCGUUGAAAACAACAUUAACUAAAGAGUUUAUUUAUUCAAACGCAAAAGUAAUCUUUGAUGUGAGAGUAUUUAUGAAAAGUUAUUCAUUAUGUAUUUUAGCUAUUUGGUUUGGAACUGUCCUCUUAGGUUAUAUGGUAUUGAUAUAUUCCAUGUCAGCUUACGCAACACUGAUUGGCCUUACCCCUAGCCAAGGGUCUAUUUUAACUGCCAUUAUGAAUGCUGGUCAAGUAGUUGGUCGACCAUUGUGUGGUAAUCUUGCUGAUAGAUUUGGUAGAGUUACGUUUAGCUCGAUUAAUUGUGCCAUUGUCACGGUUUUUGUACUUGCAUUUUGGAUCAAUGCAACCUCUUUUGGAGCCUUGUGCCCGUUUGCAGUUUUGGUUGGUAUGACCAUGGGAAUUGGCAGUUUAAUGUGCCAAGCUAUUGCAACAGAUAUUCUUGAUGAUUUGGAAUCACUCCCAGCCGCAUGGUCGGGUUUAAAUAUAGUAGUUCUGCUCUUUUGUAUUGCUGCUGAAGUUAUUGCAUUGGCUAUCCGUAAGAAGGAUAGCCCGCGACCAUUUCUUAAUCCUCAAAUAUUGGUAGGAUGUUGUUACUUUGCUGGGUUUAUUUUUUUGCUUGUAAUUCGUGAAUUCCUAGUAAGGAAGACACUUCGCACGAGAUUAAAGACUGCUCAAACGGAUGUUGUUGAAUUGAAAACAAAGGCAGGAUAUUUGAAGGUUUGUUGUGAAGAUGAAUUAGCAGAAGAAAGAGUGCAACGCUAUGAAUAUUUACUAGGAUAUUCUGUAAAAGUCUAUGUCAUCCGUAUGUUCUAUCCCAUCAAGGUUUAAAAUGGGACUACUGAAGUACAU